AUGGGUAAUGCAUUGAAGAGAGACGAUAUUUCAGCAAGUAAUCGCAGAUCAAGUCAGAGGCGCAUCCCCGAAAUAGAGCAGCAGAUCAUUCAUACAUUCUCGUCACAAUCUGCACCUUCGGUAGAACAAACGACUGUGAACCAUAGAUUCAUACCAAAUUUGUCCGUUAAGGGAUUGCAAUGCAGUAAAUCGACAAUAAAUUUUAAACCAGACAGUUUGAGUGUUCAGCCAGUGGACAAUCAGUUUUUGAUUUCUUUCAGAUACGAUGCAGAAGAAGAAUAUACAGUAACGUUUCGCUUUGGGCAAUGUCAUGAGGGUUUAAAGAACGGGGUGCCCUGUUUUUCCAAACCGUCAUAUAAAACACCUCCCAUCAAAUUGGAUGUAGGAAACGAUGUAUUCUUUCGUAUGGAGGUGAAAUAUCUGAAAGAUAUGAAAGGAUGCACCUUAGAAUCUUGUUCUUUUACAGAAGAAAGAAAAUAUGUACCCAUAUUAAUAGUCUUGGAAUCGUUAAAAAAGGACUUUAGCUACUACAUAAUGUCUGGGCUUAAAUUCGAUGACAUUGCAGACGUAUGGAAUAUAAUCAUAACAAAGCGUAGAAUAGUGCAAGGGGAUUACGGAUACCAAAUUCAGGAAGUUUAUGGACUUACACAAUCUAAAUUCAAUAGAUCAGAUGAAAUUGCAGAAAAUGGAGAAACAAAGAGGUGUGCCAUAUGCCUGGAUACUUGGAGCGAUACCAUAUUAAUUCCAUGCAGACAUUUAUGUCUUUGCUUUUCAUGUGCUAACAAACUACAAGGCGACUAUGGCAAAUGUCCAAUGUGCAGAACUCCGGUAUCACGAAUAGUUCACAUAUAUUAA